AUGGUCAUCAAUCCUCUCUUGAUCGCCUGCCUCCUCGUGGCAGGCCUGGGAUUAGAACUCACCUAUGCCCAACCAACAGAGACCGUUCUCGCCACUAUCACACCAUGCCUACACGCUGUCGAAGGAUCUUCGCCUAGGCCUAUCAUCGUGACUGAACAGUAUCAGCCUGUGUCCACAUGCGUACCUUUAUCCGAGAUGUGCAUACGAAAUAAAUGCUGGACGCACUACACCUAUUCCACCUACGAUUUUGUGUUAACGGUCAUUCCCUGUCCUUCGGGUUCACCAUCGACAGUUUCCACAAUUACUGAAACUGAACAAUCUGUCCGGGUCUCUCGAUUGUUGACCACCAUCGCAAAUCCUGUGGUUACUUCUUUCAUUACUGAAUCGGCCAAACGGCAUAUUACAAUUGUCACAACUAGCAUCAUCCAUACAACCGUCGUCAAAGAGUGGAGCGCACCGUACAAGAACCUGGGUCCUUUCGCCAUAGCAGGGUAUAUGGGUAGUGGCAUCUGUACUAAUUGUUUAGGGCCUGGAGGACAGAACGUACAAUCACUGGAUGUUCUUGAAUGUCUCGAAAUAUCGACGGAAAGAAAUGCGAUAUGCCGCCAAUAUCCUGAAGUCUGGAUGUAUAUCACACGGCCUCCUAUCUCCCGAACUAUAUCGACCGUAUGCUCGACGCAAACAUCACUAUCCUCCGCCGGUGUCUACACUUUCCGAUUUCCCUAUAGAAUACCAUCUUCUACAAUUUCGAUUCCGACUCAAGUCGUCAGCUAUUUCAUAAAUAGUAAACUCAUGACAAGUGUUAAAGCUCCUAUUACGUCCAUUCUCUCGGAGACUGAAUGGAUUUUCACUAUCACUCGAACCUAUACCGAACCCACGUUGAUUACUAUUCAGACUGCCAUGACCAAGACCUUAGCAUAUGCUGCUUCGCCUUUGACUUUCCCGAGUGAACUCACUACGACAACAAUUCCAGAGGUGCCUUGGGUGGACUGGAAACACCCAACGACCACAACCUCAUCGUCUGUUAGACCUCCCACUUCCAUACAGUCCAAUGAGUUUACCUCGACAUCUUCGGGUACUUUAUUUACGACUUCGAGUAGUGGCUACGGAUCUAUCAGUACUCAAAGCUCCCUCGUGACCAUGAGCACCAGUAUCUCACUGACCACCUCGAGCUCUCAAUCAACUAGCUCCAGCCACGUUGUCAGCAGUACAGCCCAGCCCACAACUACUCUAAACACUUCCAGCACUCUUGUUACAAGCAGUGAGUUCACUACGACCAGCGCUUUUAGCAGCCGAUCCACGAUCACACAAUCUACUACAAACGUGCCUAUCACUACAACUGGGGCUGGAUUCAAGAUCCAAGUCCAAGAAACGCCUUCCGGGAUAGGUCGGCGGCAGGACCCAAUCACAAAAUACAUCUCAUUUGAUGACAAUAACAUUGCUGUCGAAGUACCAGAUUCAGCUUUGGCAGCGACUAUUUUCAUGGCUAACAACAAUUCUCUGGUAUCGAGAAACAUGUUCCUUGGCAUUCCUGGGCUUGUGGGAGAGGUUCCGCUCCGACUCACCGCCGGUGCCCCCCUCGGGCUUUAUACCUGGUUGAUCACCGCGAGGUUGAUCGAACUACAAGGUGUUACGGGAUUCUUCCCCCACUUCGCAAUCCACCCUCAGCAGCAGUUCUCUGGCCUCCUCUACAAACUCAGCCCAAUCUUCGACUCUGCAAUCAUCUAUCUCCUCACCCACGAGCUUCGAGCAGAGCAAGACGUCCACGGCAUCUCCGACAAGUACCUCAGUUUCGACUAG